AUGGCGAUUUUCAAAAGUAUCAGUGAACUGUGCGAUGCUGUAUCUCUGGUGGUGUACUGCAAUGACAACACGAUGUUGUUAACAGUGGACAACAUUGAGCAUUGGAUACCAUGCGUGAAAGUUCCUGCAGGCCAGUCUUGGGAGAGAGCAAUUGCAAAAGAAGCAGAAGAUAUUUUUGGAAACAAUAAUGUAGACAAAAUCUUGCGAAUAUGCAAGACAUGGAUGCCAAAACACCCUCAAGCCUUCCUACUUCACGUCGUCUUCGGACUCGCUGUUGAUCCUGCGAUGAAAGUCAAAGCUAAAAACUCAUUGGGAAAGUUUAGGGGAAAACUUCGGUGGGUAUCAGAUAUAGACAUCAUGAAGUUGUCUCAAAAUAACAGUGUUAGAAGUCCAGAGCUGCUCGAAUUUUUUUAUCUAGCGAAGAAGAUAUAUAAUCCAGCUUAUAUACAACCCGAAGAAUUGAUAGUACUGGAAAACUUUUGCGAAACAGUAGAUGAUAUUUUAGUUUCUGGAAAAGGAAAUAUUCAUAGCCAGUUAGUUGAUGCAUCUGGAAUUGAUAAAUUAGCUCAGGAAUCAAUACUACGAGAAUUCAUAUUCAUGAUCUUCCCUGCCAGUUAUAUGAGUCUACGAGUAUUCUCAAAAUUUGUCGUGGAACUUGGCUGGCCGAAGGAAAGUGCUGCUUACCUCUUCAACUCUGCAGAUGUGAGUAACAGACGUGGAGUGUCCUUCAGAGAAUUCCUAUACUUUCUUGCAACUGUUGAUCCUAAUACUUCUCAUGGUGGAGGAGCAGCUGAAAUUCGUUGCAGGUAUAUGUUCAAGUUUUAUGACAGGGAUAGUGACAACCUGCUGAAGGCUGAUGAAUUCAAAAACGUAAUUUGUGAUUUGAGAAAGGCAAAAAAAUUACCCACAGAUGCACCAAGUGUGGCAAAGGAGGCUGCAGAAACAUAUAAGUCGAUGUCUAUAUCAGAUGGCACUCCAAUAAAUGUGGUGGAUUUCUUGAAAGCCAUAUGCGACUUGAAGAUACGAGGAACUUCUACAAUCUUUAGAUCAUCAAUAGGAAUCAUCAAGUAUCUCAAAGAAGCCAGUGAUAAAUCGCUGCCACCAUCAGUGGGUGUUUCGUCGAUUCGUCAACCAGCAGAGAAUGUCAGAGGAAAAAUGACAGCUCUGUCACCGAGAACAAUAGACUACGAAGUAGCUGUUCACACUAUUAAGAUACAGAGAAGUGGCCAGGCAAUCAACAUCGAUGAAAUGCGGCAAAUUCAAGAGGCUGUCUCGAUGACUACUCUGAAGCAGCCAGUCAACGAACAGAACAGGAGAAUUUCCAUGGACCUUUUCAGUCAACGAUCAGUCUCCAACGAAGUACUCAAGGGACUCAGGUAUAUAACAUCCAUCAACAAGAUCAAAGAUCCCAAGGCAAAUUACACUUGGGGCCAGCUAGAUCCAACAACGUUCGCAAGGAAUCUGAUAAACGUCUGCAACCAAGUUAGAGAAGUAUUCAGAGUGGAGUCGAGGUUAUUGGAACUGAACUCACCAGUAUAUGUUAUGGGCGAUCUUCAUGGUAACGUAGCUGAUCUCCUCUAUUUCGAGCGAACCCUCUGGCAUAUUGGGCCCGGAUUAAGCCCUUCUAAUCUCCUCUUCCUCGGUGACUAUGUGGAUAGAGGUGCAUACAGUAUAGAAGUCAUUUCAUACUUGUUCUCAUAUAAACUACAGUGUCCCAAUAAGUUGAAUCUCUUGAGGGGUAAUCAUGAAAUCAGGGAAGUUCAGAAGAUGUUCACGUUCCUCAAAGAAUGUAUUUUGAAAUUGGGUGAUAAACUUGGUAAUGAACUGUGGAUUGCGGCUAAUAAUGCUUUUGACAACAUGCCGAUUGCUGCAGUCAUCGAUGGAAAGAUAUUCUGUUGCCACGGGGGUGUACCUCCUCCUUGGUUGUGUCCUGUCAUAAGCGCGAUAAACGACAUUCCAAUACCACUGUCGCAGCCAGACGUUCAGAGCUCUUUAGCAUGGGAAAUCAUGUGGAAUGAUCCUGUCAGGCCUAAGACUGUCAACGACAAAUUAGCAAUGGAACUCUUAGCAAAUGAAGGAUUUGCAGUGAAUGUAAGGAGAGGGACCGCUCACAUAUUCAGUGUUGAAGCUUUGGAGAGAUUUUUGAAAGCUAAUCAAUUAACACAUUUGAUAAGAGCUCAUGAAGUGGCACAGGCUGGAUUUCAGGUUCUACAAAAAGGAAAAUUGAUGACAGUUUUCUCUUCUUCCAAAUAUUGUGGUGGACAAAAUGAUGCAGCAUGCGUCAUGGCUGAUCAGGGUAAAUUACGAAUACUGAGGCUCGAAACUGAUUGA